UUAUAAGGUAGAAUUAUGGUGAAAGUGCUAAAAAACCUUCACUUGUAUACAACCAAAGUUAUCUUUGAAGCUUUUUAUUUAAAAAGACUGAGUAAUCAAUAUUAUUCUAAAUACAGGUUUCACAAACUUAUCCGGGAGUUAGCUUUGGUUAAAAUAUUAAGGUUUAAGCGUAUUCCUCUUUAUUUUAGGUGCUUACAUUCCAACCAAGAUUCAAAGGUAACUGUGGAAAUCAUUACCCCUGUUGAACUCAUUAGGAAGGGAGAAAAGGUUGGAUCUUCUGAAGCUGCUUUGCUUGCCAAGCUUGGCAUUAGGCCUUUCUCUUAUGGGCUUGUGGUCCUUUCUGUUUAUGAUAAUGGCUCUGUGUUUAGUCCUGAGGUCCUUGAUCUCACUGAGGAUGACCUCCUUGAGAAAUUUUGCUGCCGGUGUCUCCAUGGUUACUUCUCUUUUUCGUUGGCUAUCUCAUACCCAACACUUGCGGCUGCACCACAUAUGUUUGUGAAUGCCUACAAGAAUGUUCUUGCCGUUGCGGUUGAGACAGAUUAUUCUUUCCCUGAGGCCGACAAGGUCAAGGAAUAUCUGAAGGACCCAAGUAAAUUUGCUGUAGCUGCUGUUGCUGCUUCCUGCCUGCUCUUCUGGGGCUCCAUCUGCUGCGCUAAGGAAGAGGAAAAGAAGGAAGAGCCCGCAGAAGAAUCUGAUGAUGACAUGGGUUUUAGUCUGUUUGACUAAUUAUGUAAUGUUAGUUGAGGUUGCUUUUCAGGUUUUUCCCAUUUUGUUAGAAUUGAGGAGUUGGUCUUUCGAUUUAGUUAUAGUUUGCUGUUUUUCCUUUUCAGUUUACAUUGUACUUCGGCUUUUAACUAUAAAAUUUCACAGUUUUAAUGUUUAGCAUAUCUGUGCAUCGUUGCUAUUUUAAA